AUGAUUCAUUUAAUUCGAUUAAAGUAUUUUAUUAAAAAAUCGGAUCAAUUGACAUAUUUAAGGCUAUCAACCGCUAGAAAAAAACUAUCUUCAGUGAUAUUAUCUGAUGAUAAAUCGUUAAAAUUAGAUAAUGAACAUAUGAAGGAUGUUAUUGAAAAAUUAGCCAGUUUUCAUUUGACAACAAGUUUCAGUACAUCAUAUUCAAGUGACAAAGAGAACGAGACUAAUGCAACUGUGAAAUAUAAAAAAUGGCCUCCAGAAAAAUCACUACCAGCUAUUAAAAGAGGGGAUAGAAAUACACAACAGUCGACCCAAUUAUGCUUGACAGACACGACAUGGCUUUUUCUUACAUAUACAGUACUACUAGGCCAUAUAAAUCGUAGUUCACCACUACGUCUACCAUUUUAUUUUUAUUUUUUAGGCGAAAUGAGUAAAGAAGAUAAAAAGAAGUUGAACACCACAGCUGUGGUUGAACGUUUUGUUUAA